AACAAAACAACCGGGCGUCAGAACUCCUGCUUAGAAACUGUGCCUCUUUCACCGCUGAAGUAUCCAGGAACAAGUACAUCAUUGAUGCACUUCGUAAUUUGAAUAUAAUUUUCCCAUGAUCUCAGACUGUUGAAUAGGGAUAUGCGAAAGUUAAAACUAUUAAUAGGAUGUGUAGUUGCACUUACCACAAAAUGUGGUGAAUAACGCAGAAGAAAAAAAUAAGAAAUGAUUUGAUGAAUGUUUGGUAAUUAAUAAAGGAAACCUAUUCAAACUUUCAACAUUCAUAGCACUAUUCCGAAGCUCCCUUUUCCAUAGUCCCUUCCAUUCUAACACUUUAUUUCCUAGUCUCCCUCAAAGCCAGGGAGUACGUUGCGUGACGAGCGUGAAGAUACCAUUGGUACCCAGUACCGUACUGAAAACGUUUGUUUAUAGUGGUCAAGUACAAUGGCUUCGUCUUCGACAAGACCACAGUCUAAUGAUUGGGUUCAUCACUGCUUCAAAGUUAUUAUCAUCGGCGAUUACAAGGUGGGAAAGACGUCCCUUCUAUGCAAGUACACUGGCCAGCAAUAUCGCUCACCAAGCUCGACCAUAAGCGUAGACUUCCGAGCAAAAAAUUUGGAGAGGAACGGAAAGAAGGUCAAACUCCAAAUCUGGGAUAUAGCUGGACAGGAAAGAUUCCGUACGGCUGUGGCGAGUUAUUAUCGUGGAGCAGUAGGAGUAAUUCUGGUUUAUGAUGUUACGAACAGAGAGUCUUUCCGUAAUAUUGGAUACUGGCAUGAACAAAUGAGGAAAUUCUGUGACCCACAUGCGAAAGGAAUUCUUGUGGGCAAUAGAUGUCACUUGUCUCACCUACGAGAAGUCCAAGCGGAGGAAGGAAAAACUUUUGCAGAACACCUUGAGCUACCUUUCUUUGAAACAAGCACAGAGAAGAAUAUCAAUGUCAUUGCAUGUUUUGAUGAACUGGUUGACUCUAUUAUUGAACAAAUGGAAAGAGGAAGGCAGAUACGGGAAUUAACAACACUUGUGCUUCCAGCCAGUGGCGAAGAAAAUAGGAAUGUUGAAGCAUGUGCAUGCACGAUACUAUGAUAAAAACAGUGUUUAUCAGAGGGUCAUUCACGAGGCUCAAAAUCAAGGGGUAUGUUGGGAUUGCUUUAUACUCAUCCAGUUUAACUGUAUCAUGAAUCAAAAGCAUUGUUGAAUCGGAAAUCAGCUCGCUUACUCUUGCGGUGGUAUUUAUUCUGAAGUAACAACAGCAAGUGAAGACAAGUGAUGUUCACAUCCUGUCGUGUGUGUUACUUCCAAGGCUAAUAAAAUCAGUUUGCAAAAUCGG